AUGGCACUUAGACGCUCUACACGCCUGGCUUCUCUUCCCAACAUUAACCCAGUAGGCACUACAGCACUAAAAGUGACCCGAGUCCAAAAUAACGGAGUCUCGAAACACCGCAAACCUCCCACCAAAAAGCCAGCUCCUAAAGUCGUCGAGGCAAAGCCAGAGACUUCGAGCUCAUACUGGUCUCCAGAGCCUCCAACUACUAAUCCCCUCAACGACAGACUUCUCACACCCCCUCCACUCGAUCGCCCAGUUGACCCGCAUCGCACAAACGUAACCCUCCUCACACCCCACGGCUCCUCAGUCGUCGCCUACCCACUAAGUGUCGAAGAUGCAUCGCCCUCAAAGACAGGACUGCCACGCCCGAAUGCCACAACUGGGACAUUACUCGACGAAGCAAUUGCCCACCUCAUAGCCAUAGAUCCGCGCCUUAAGAAGGUCAUUGACGAAAACCCCUGUCCAAUAUUCUCUCCCGCAGGCCUAGCAGAGCAGAUCGAACCAUUCAACAGCUUGACAAGUAGUAUAAUCGGCCAACAAGUCUCAGGGGCGGCUGCAAAAUCCAUCCGAAAUAAAUUCCUGGCGUUGUUCGACUUGCAAAAUAGCGUUGAUGGCGCGAAUCCAGAACGCUCGCUGUUUCCUUUGCCUGAAGAUGUCGCCCGGUGUGAUAUUGCCACGCUGCGUACUGCAGGUCUAUCGCAGCGUAAGGCGGAGUAUAUUCAGGGGUUGGCGGAGAAGUUUACGAGCGGAGAGCUGAGUGCGCAGAUGCUGGCUCGGGCGAGUGAUGAGGAGCUUUUUGAGAAGUUGAUUGCUGUAAGAGGGCUUGGGAAGUGGUCUGUUGAAAUGUUUGCCGUCUUUGCUCUUAAGCGCAUUGAUAUCUUUUCAGUUGGGGAUCUCGGCGUGCAACGUGGCUGUGCUGCCUUUUCAGGUCGCGAUGUCAGCAAGUUGAAGGCAAAAGGCGGUGGUAAGUUCAAGUAUAUGGCGGAAAAAGACAUGCUAGAGCUUGCUGCAAAGUUCGCGCCCUUUAGGAGUCUAUUUAUGUGGUACAUGUGGCGGGUUGAAAACGUUGACAUCGCCGUGCUUACUUCGUGA